AUGGAAAGUGAUGUAAUUAGAGAAGAUAUAACCUCCGGGGACGCGGGUUGUAUUGAUACACGAUUUGAGGAAUGCGCCGAGGGACCAGAUAGAGAUUUUCGACGUCGUGAUCGAUAUGGUAUUGGUGGGGGAGUCUCCAUGGCGCUGUGUAAGGAUCGGAGGUACCGCGCCUACUAUAAAUGA